AAAACUUCCCAUUCUGUGUGUAUCCCAUCAUAAACAAACAAUCCAGAGCCUGCCUGGUCUCGCCAUCAAUCUUGAUAGCUUAGCGCUGUACUUUAUAAGACCUGGAAGUCUUCGAAAUCGUUCACUAGUCGAAUUGUACCUCCGACCCCUUGCACAUACCCCGCCAUGAGUGAAUCUAGGUGUGUUUUCGCAGCCGCCAUGGUUCGGGACACCCUUGGAAAGCCUGUUGGCCAUCCGAGGGUGUCCGUUCCAGUCUAUUGUCAAGCUGACCAUGGGUCUACACAACUAGGCAAGAGCUUUUAGCAUGGAUGAACAACCUGCUCCAGCUCAACGUUACCAAGGUUGAGCAAUGCGGCACUGGAGCUGCAUUCUGCCAAAUCUUUGAUUCUAUUUUCAUGGACGUUCCGAUGAUGCGCGUUAAAUUUAAUGUCAACACCGAAUAUGCAUACCUACAAAACUUCAAGGUUCUUCAGAACAUCUUCAACCGCCACCAGGUUGACCGACCGGUGCCAGUCGAAUCACUGGUGAAAUGUCGCAUGCAGGACAACCUCGAGUUUCUUCAGUGGGCCAAAAAAUUCUGGGACCAACACUACCCCGGCGGCGACUAUGACGCCGUGGGUCGUAGGAAAGGUUCGGGUGCCCCAGCAGCCGCACCAGUGACUGCUGCGCGCACCACCAGUGCCGGAGCUCGUCGAGGCGGUACCACGCCCACCGGCGCCGGUGUGCGACCUCGUGUCGCUGGAGCAGGCGGAGCUAGUUCUGCAGCGUUGACACAAGAGAUUGCGGCACAGAAGGAGGCGAUUGCCGGGCUUGAAAAGGAGCGCGAUUUCUACUUUGCCAAGCUCCGGGAUAUCGAGCUGUUGCUGCAGACUGCUGUUGAAGCUGAUCCGGAAUUGGAAAAGGACGAUGACUCCCUCGUGAAGCAUAUCCAAGGCAUUCUUUAUUCGACCGAGGAAGGUUUUGAGAUUCCCGCAGAAGGUGAAGGGGAAGUUGGCGGAGAAGAACUCGAGACGUUCUAG